CUUCUGCAUUCAAUAUUUCCACAGCCAGAAGACUCUGACAAUGGAAAAAAGCAAUGCUACAUAUUUGGUGGAAUUCAUUCUUCUGGGAUUUUCUGACCUUCCUAACCUCCGAAGUUUUCUUUUUGGAACAUUCUUAGUCAUCUAUUUGUGUAUACUUAUAGGAAAUGGCCUGCUCAUUUUUAUAACUAAGACGAAUCCUACUCUUCAAACCCCCAUGUACUUUUUCCUUGGAAACUUUUCCUUCUUGGAAAUCUGUUAUACAUCAGUCACUCUCCCUAGAAUACUAAGGGAUAUUUGGGCUCAGAAGGGAAACAUCCCGUUCCUGUCCUGUGCUGUACAAAUUGGCUUCCUUUAUAUUCUAGGAAUUGCAGAGUGCUUACUCCUGGCUGUGAUGGCUUAUGAUAGAUAUGUAGCCAUCUGUAAGCCUCUUUACUAUCCACUCAUCAUGAAUCACAGGACAUGUGUCCAAAUGGUGAUUGCCUCCUGGAUCACAGCAAUACCAGUUCAGAUAGGUGUCACCUAUUAUAUUUUUUCUCUGAACUUUUGUGGUCAUAACAAACUCAAUCAUAUUUUCUGUGAUGCCUCACCACUGCUGGAGAUUGCCUUUGGGGACACUUAUCAGAGAGAGAUCGCUGUCCAUGUUAAUACUUUCUUUUUUGUCAUAAUUCCCUUUCUAUUGAUACUCAUAUCUUAUCUCAAAAUCAUAGUCAACAUCCUGAAACUACCAUCAACUUCCGGGAAAUCCAAAGCCUUUUCUACCUGUUCUUCUCAUCUUAUAGUAGUAUUUUUAUUCUUUGGUUCUGCCAGUAUCGUGUAUUUGCGUCCCAAAUCCAGUCAGUCAGCUAAAUCCGACAAACUCUUUGCUGUUUUCUAUACUAUUGUGACUCCAGUGUUAAAUCCCCUGAUAUACAGCCUGAGGAAUAAGGAUGUAAUUGUUGCCCUAAAAAAACUCCUUCCAAAAUCAUGUUGUUCAUGA